AUGGACGCGCACGCCCUCCUCACGGCGCAGGGAUGGCGGGGGACAGGCCACUCGCUACACCCGACGAGCGACAGCAACGGGCUGACGCACCACCUGCUGAUCAAGCGCAACAACGACGGGCGCGGGCUGGGCAGCCGCAAGGCGGACCACAAGGCGACGGCCUGGUGGCUGAGCGCCUUCGACCAGGCCCUCAAGGGCAUCGACACCGGCGGCAGCAACGGCACCAUGAGGCAGACCCUGCGGAACGGCGCGCUCGAUAAGAUUACGGCGCGGUCGGCGGCCAAGUACACGGGCGCCCGGGGCUUGUACGCGUCGUUUGUGCGGGGCGGCGUUAUUGAGGGGACGGUGGGGAAGAAGGUUGUGCCCGUUAAGAAGGAGGAGGAGGAGAAGGACGUGAAGAAGGCGAAGCAGGCGAAGGCGCCGCGGCGGCAGAGGGAGCAGUUGGUGACGCCGCCGGAUAGUGGUGCGGGUACGCCGCGGGUCGACGACGCUGUGAAGGAGGGCGAGUCGAAAGAAGAGAGGAGAGCGAGGAGGGAGGCGCGCCGGUUGAACAAGGCAGAGAAGCAGGCGCGAAAGGAGGCGGGGGAGCGGGCGGCCAGGAAGGUCGAAAAGAAAAAGGCCAAGAAGGCUGAGCGGAGCACCAAGGUGGUCAACGAGGAGAUCGAGGAUGAGGUCAGGGAGGAGACCAAGGAGGAGCGUAAGGCGAGGAGAGAUGUGAGGCGGAAGCGGAAAGAGGUGAAGCGGCGAGCUACAGCAUCUAGUGGAUGA